AUGCGCGCGGCAAUAGCUCACGGCGGCUUUACGCUCGCGCAGACCGCUGUCGCGUCCUUUGCCGCCCCGUCGAGCGACGCCGUCGAGUACGACUACGUGUUGGACUGCCAGCCGCUGGCGGCCCGUAGCGGCCUCGCCAUUGCGCUGUCCACCCACACGCUGCAGCUCCGCAGCCUCGAGACACUGGCGCUGUGCCACGAGUUUAUCGCCCACAAGAGUACGAUCCGCGAGGUGUGGACGUCGCAGGUAUCGCCGCACCAAGUGGCGACGGGCUCGAGCGACCAGUGCGUGAAGCUCUGGGACACGCGCAUGGCGCUGGCGGCCCGGACAGUGCCAGUGGGUCACGAGGUCUGGAGUCUGUCCAUUGGGUGGGAGGAGACGCUGUUGGCCGUCGGGACUGACGAGGGGGCGCUGCUGUACGACGUGCGCACGGGCGCGACACUCUGUGCGUACAGCGAGAGCCAUGUCGACGCCGUCACACAAGUGCGGUUCCACCCGACGCAGCCGGCGUUUGUCGCCACUGCUUCGGAAGAUGGCGUCGUGUGUCUGUUUGACAGCCGCAUUGCAGACGAAGACGAGGCGCUCGAGAGCGUCUUGAACGUCGAGAGCGCUGUGACGACGUUGGGGUUCUUUGGCCCCGCGCUCGAGAACGUCUACUGCCUCACGGGCACUGAGACGCUGGACCUGUGGAACAUCUGGACAGCAGAGAGGCUGCAUCACUACGACACGAUCCGAGACGACUGCAACGGCAUUGGCGUCGCAACGGACUACUUCAUUGACUGCGUGUACGACAGCAGCGCCGACGAGCUCUUUGUGCUCGGCGGGACCCACGAUGGCGACAUGAACGCUAUUGGCGUUGGGGUACAGGCUGCCUCGAAGGGACAACUGCAGCACGCAGCGGCGGUCAAGGGCGGCCAUAAAGCGUGCGUCCGCUGCUUGUACUACGACAAAGAGAGCGCGACGCUGUACACAGGAGGUGAGGACACGCGGCUUUGUCAGUGGACGGUGCCCGACACGGCGGGCGCUCGGACGAGCUAUUCUCGCAACGCGUCAUUGAGCGCUUUGAACAAGAAGGCGACGGACGUUGACCCUACAGGUAUCCGGAAAGCCCGCAAGGCUUCGCGUCCAUACUAA